AUGGCAGAGAUUAAUGUAUCCGAGGAAACCUCAAUUGAUGCUUCUCAGGAGCAACAUGAAACAGUCGAUGAGAUGCUUGCUAGGCACAGGCAAGAGAUAAAACAACUACAGAACAAAGAGACGGAGAUGAAAAAGGCAGCUGCGAAAGGAAGCAAAGCUGAGCAAAAAGCGAAGAAGAAGCAAGUCGAAGAAGACAUAUCAAAACUCUCCACAAAGCUUAAGGAGAAACAGUUGAAAGAACUCGGCUCCCAAGGCUUUAGCAGCAGCAACGUUUCCAAGGCUGAAACAGAUGAGAAGAAAGGAGACAUGGACACGUUAGUGAGAGCUAUCGCUGGAGUCUCAGUCACUUGUCAGCAAGAACACUCAAAGCCGAGCAAGAGCGUCAAGAGACGCGAGAAACGAGCCAAGGAAGAAGCAGACAGAGAGCAGAGGAUCAAAGAGGAGCAGAGCAAUUUGAAAAGUGAUCGUAUGGUCGAGAACCAAAAGCUCGAGAAGAAGCUUAAACCGUUGGGGUUAACCAUCAACGAGAUAAAACCAGACGGGCAUUGCCUUUACAGAGCUGUUGAGAACCAGCUCGCCAAUCUCUCAGGCGGUGGUGCUUCUCCUUACACAUACCAGAAGCUAAGAGAAAUGGCUGCUGCGUACAUGAGAGAGCACAAGAACAACUUCAUCCCCUUCUUCUUGUCAGAGACAGAGGAUGAUGACUCCAAUGCUGAAGAGCGGUUUGAGAAAUACUGCAGAGAGGUCGAGACAACCGCGGCUUGGGGAGGUCAGCUGGAGCUAGGAGCGUUGACACAUUGCUUGAGGAAACACAUAAUGGUGUAUUCGGGGUCGUUUCCGGAUGUUGAGAUGGGGAAAGAGUACAAGUCCGGGAAGGAAUUGAGCAUCAUGUUGUCGUAUCACAUGCAUGCUUUUGGGCUCGGCGAGCAUUAUAACUCCGUCGUGCUUGUCCACAACGACGUGGACGAAUGA